GCCCCCUGGAGAGCACUUCCGGCGCAGAGGAAUUCCGGGUGUGGUUCGACUGCUGGCGGGCCUGCUGUGCCCUAGCGAAGGGGGUCCCCCAUGAGUGCGGCGCCCCUGGUGGGCUACAGCAGCAGCGGCUCCGAGGAUGAGGCUGAGGCCGGGGCCCGGGUCCGGCCGGGGACUAGAGGCUGCAGUCGGGGCCAGAGCCCCCUUCCCAGCCAGAAGUUGCCAGUACCCGACAGUGUGCUGGACAUGUUCCCAGGCACCGAGGAGAGGCCUGAGGAUGAUAGCACAAAACAUGGGGGCCGGUUGCGCACCUUUCCCCACGAGCGGGGCAACUGGGCCACCCACGUCUAUGUACCAUAUGAAGCCAGGGAGGAGUUCCUGGACCUGCUUGACGUGCUGCUGCCCCACGCACAGACAUACGUCCCCCGGCUGGUAAGGAUGGAGGCCUUCCACCUCAGCCUGUCCCAGAGCGUGGUUCUGCGCCAUCACUGGAUCCUCCCCUUCGUGCAGGCUCUGAAAGACCGCGUGGCCUCCUUCCAGAGAUUCUGCUUUACUGCCGACCGGGUAAAGAUUUACACCAAUCAAGAGAAGACCAGGACCUUUGUUGGACUCGAGGUCACCUCGGGGCACACCCAAUUCCUGGACCUGGUUUCAGAGGUGGACAGGGUCAUGAAGGAGUUUGACCUCACCACUUUCUACCAGGGGACACGGGUUCAAGCCCUGGUCCGGGAAGAUCCCACAUGCCGCAGAGCAACAGAGCCCGAGCGCCACAGCCAUUGAACCCCGCGUGCUUAGAGCCUGGGCUCCGCAACAAGAAAAGCCACCGCGAUGAGAAG